UGAGAUUUGAGGAGCGCGCUCGCUCUCCCCUCUCGCUCUCUGUUGUUCCCGGGCGCGCGCAUGCGCUUUGUGUUUCCCCGCGCAGGUCUCGGCAUUUGACGAGCUGGCGGUGUCGCGGCUUGUAACUUAAGAGAAAGGACACAACGAAAGCUGGCACAAGCGCUCCGUUCUGCUGACGUACACAUGAAACAAAUGACCACAGAUCUCCAGGAACUGAAAGAGACCUGUUGAGACUGCUGAGGAAGCAGUAACACAGAAUAUGUUGAAACAAGAGUGACAAGAGGAGCGCACCUUGAGGGUUUGUAAAGACGGAGAUUGAACUUGCACACUGUUAUUUUGCCUGUAAUGAAGAAACAGGAGGGAUUAAACUAAAUUUACAAGGAGUCGUUCUUCAUUUGUGUUAACCAUGACACAAUAAUCCUAUGUAAUCAUGCCGUCUUUGUGGACAAGGAUUAUACAUGGGACAUUUUCACAGUAUCCUCAUCAGUUUUUGAAGAUGGAGAGGCAUAUUCUGGAUAAAGUUUGUAUUAUGUCAAGCUGUCUCUUUUUAUGCUUCAUCAUGUGGACUGUUCCAGCAGAAGGGUAUUUCAUAAGGAACUGUACAGUGCACGGCUCCUUAAACUACACUGACAGGCUUAAAGUUCUUUGCUAUAAGAUGAACUUCCAUCAGGUGCCUUCUGAUAUCCCUCAUAACACAAAAGUCUUAGACAUUUCGAUCAAUUAUAUUUCCCAGCUGAAGGAAGGGAAUUUCAAGAACCUUACCAACCUCAGUAUUCUCAACAUAUCAAAAAAUCAUAUUGGCUUUCUGGAGGAAGGUGUCUUUAAGGAUCUGAUGAGCCUAUAUGAACUGAAUCUCGCUCACAAUGCUCUGAGGGAGAUUUCAGGUGGCAUGUUUAAAGGCCUGAACAACCUCACGGUGCUGAACCUGGGGUAUAACCGUAUUAAAAGCAUUGAGCCUGGUACCUUCCAGAUUCUUUCAAACCUCCGAGUUGUCAAUCUGAGCUUUAACGCCUUGUUCGACGUUGAGCAGAUUCGAGAGGUUUUAAAACAUUUCCGUUUGAAGGAGAUAUACGUGGGAGGCAACAAUUUCUCAGAUUUCAGUACAGAAAAAAUAUCCAAUUCAUCUUUGAAUGUACAGGUCCUAGACUUGUCCUAUAAUCCUUUUAGAUUUUUCAAUAUUACUUCUGGCAUAUUUCCUAAUCUUGUGGUUCUGGACCUUUCUUAUUCCGGUUCGAAGAACGGUUUCCAGUGGGAAGUAAAAAAUACAUCCUUCGUAAGUGGCGUAAAAAGGUUAUUUUUAAAUGGCACUCACGUGUCCUACCCGCAAAUGCAAUCUAUUUUAAGAAGCUUCAGUAACAUUUUAGAAGAACUGUACCUUAAUAAAUUACAAAGUCAAACAAUGCAAGACUAUUUGAAUAUAACCUGCUUAGUACUUCCUAAGCUCAGAGUUCUGAGUCUGCAGAACAAUAAAUUCAUUUCCUUGCAAAAGAAACAACUUGAAUACUGUAUGCAGUUAGAAGAAAUUGAUUUAUCAAAGAAUAAGUUGCAAAAUAUGUCAAAGAUGCUAUUUCAAGGUUUAAACAGAUUGGGCUUUUUAAACAUAUCCUACAAUAACUUGACUGCUGUUCCGAAUGCGACACAAAAUAUUACCAGUCUGCAGACAUUUGACCUCAGUUACAAUAUGAUCAAGCAUUUGGAAAAGUAUGACUUUAUGAACUUGACAAACCUGAGGUACCUGAAUUUAGCCGGUAAUGUCAUCACUUUGAUCACAGGUUCUUUAUUUAGCAAUUUGUUUAAUUUGCAAGUCCUAAAGCUUGGCAGUAACCUCAUUUUAAGCAUCCAAGGUCCACUAUCACCCAGCCUGGGCAAACUGGAGGUCUUAGAGCUACGUGUCAAUAAGCUGAGCUCUAUAAAGAAUUCUACAUUCCUGUACUUGAAUUCUUUAAAAGAACUUAACCUUAUAGAUAACCAGAUUUCUUCCCUUGAAGAGGGGUCCUUUUUAGGCCUACAACGCUUAAAAGCUUUGCUGCUGGGGAGUAAUAAGCUCACUCGGGACACUUUCACAAAGACAGACGUGUUUACUGGGGUGACUGGCCUGAAUGAACUUCAGAUUUUUGAUAACUAUCUUUCAUAUGAAAACACAGACAAGUUGUCGCAUCCUCCGUUUCUCUCGUUAAAGUUGUUGAAUUUCCUAACAAUUAACAGUCAGGGUCAUAACGGUCUCCUUCAUUUCCCUUGUAACCUUCUAGAAGGGCUUACUUCUUUGAAAGAACUGCAUGCCGGUAAUCUGAACAUUAAUGAACUACACCCAGACACCUUUAGCUAUACGCCUAUGCUGUCAUUCCUGGACCUUAGUAAAAAUGUGUUAAGUACUAUCGAUUCAAGAGUCUUCCGGAUGGUUUCCGGCCUGACGGAAUUCAUUUUGUCUCAGUCUCGCCUGGAGUCUUUAGAUUUCCUCAUACGUGCUAACCUAACUAAGCUUAAGGUACUGAGAGGCAAACGCAAUGAGCUGAAUACGAUAAAUGAAAGUCUCAUUCAUUCCCUUCCAUUACUCAAGUAUCUGGACUUGCAGCAGAACCCUUUUACUUGUGACUGUGAUAAUGCCUGGUUUAUAAACUGGUCCUUCAGCAACCCUCAAACUCAGGUGAUUUAUUUCAAUAAGUUCCGUUGUGGCUAUCCACCAAAUUUGAAAGACAUGAUGCUAGAAAGCAUGAGAACUGAUUCUUGUGUCAUAGAUAUCAAUUUAAUAUGCUUCAUCUCAUCUACAACCCUGGUAACUGUUACCUUGGUGGUUUCUUUUAUUUAUCACUUCCUUAGGUGGCACCUUAUAUAUGGUUAUUACCUUAUUUUAGCAUUUCUAUAUGACAAAAAACAUAGAUUUCAAAACAAAGAGAAGAAGAUUUGCUAUGAAUAUGACGCGUUUAUAUCAUACAAUACAAAAGAUGAGCCGUGGGUCGUAAGAGAGCUAGUGCCUCAUUUAGAAGAUACCCAGGGUUGGAAGUUGUGUCUACACCACCGCGACUUCGAGCCCGGUAAGCCAAUCAUCGAUAACAUCGUGGAGAGCAUCUACAAGAGCCGGAAAACGAUUUGUAUUAUUAGCCGAAACUACCUGGAAAGUGAGUGGUGUUCUAGGGAGAUCCAAUUAGCAAGUUUCCGCUUAUUUGACGAGAAGAAGGAUAUUCUGAUUUUGGUAUUUCUGGAGGAUAUUCCAACCAGUAGGCUGUCCCCCUACUACAGAAUGAGAAAAAUGGUGAAAAAGAAGACGUAUUUAAAGUGGCCUGAAAAUGAUAAUGGCGCCCGAGUGUUCUGGCAUAAGCUGAACGUGGCGUUGAAUGCGGAAGAAGGUUAUAAAAAGGACCCUUAUAUAAAUGAUUUGAACGAAAACUGAUGCACUUUCAAAACUUUUGUUUUGUUGAACAGUACGACCUCCAUUCUGUGUAAUAGAAUUUGAAACGUAGCCUGGCUUGUAUCAUGGAAUUUUUACAUUUUCAAUUAUCACAUGUUGCCCUAUCAUUCUUGUUAGGAAAUUAUUGAAGCGCAUCUAUUUCCUAAUUGGUAGCAGGGGAUAUACUAAAUAUUAUAAUAUUAUUAGCUGUCACCUGGGACCACCCGCAUUGUAGUGAAACAGGACCGUGAGGAGGGCCCAGUCUGGCUCCCCACUCCUGACAUCACGCUUCCCCCUCCCCU